UUUACUCGUUUAAUCACGCUUCAUCUCUUCGACGACGCCUACGAAAUUCCGUUUUUUAAUCUCUUCGCUAGGGUUUCCUCAUCUCUGCAUCUCAACGUUCUCUUCGCCAUGGCGGAGGUCAUGGAUGCGCCCUCCGAGGCCCUUGAUCGACACCGGGAUAGCCAGCCGGAAAACACGCGUAGCAGAUCCACCUCCCCUCUUCUCCCGCCGCCGCCGCCUCCGAGGAAGAGCGAUUUAGAUUCCAGGGAGAGGAUAGAUGGCCCACAAGAUGACCGUGACUGCUAUCCGCCUCUUCUCCCGCCGCCUCCGUCUGGAGCUCCUAAGGACGAAAGGGACCGAGAGUAUCGCCGCAGGAGUAGCCCCAGCCCUCCGUCGUACCGUGAUCGCAGGCGCUCGCCUCCGCGACGGUCCCCUCCUCAUCGGGGGUCGUUUAAAAGAGCAAGGAGGGAUGACGGUGGAUAUGAUCGUCGUCGCGGUAGCCCUAGAGGAGGUUAUGGACUGGAUGACAGAAGGUAUGGAUAUGAUUAUGGCGUUGGAUAUGAACGGGGUGGAGGAAGAUACGGAGAUGAGAGGUCUCAUGGCCGUUAUCUAAAUCGUUCACCUGAUUGGCCUGAUUCAGGACUUGGUGGCUAUGUUGAUGGCCCUGAGGUUACUCAGAGGGGAGGUCUGAUGUCAUACAAACAUUUUAUUCAGGAACUCGAAGAUGAUAUUUCACCUACCGAAGCUGAGCGCAGGUAUGAAGAAUACAGAUCUGAAUACAUCUCCACUCAGAAAAGAGCUUAUUUUGAAGCUCACAAGGAAGAACAAUGGCUGAAAGACAAAUAUCAUCCAACUAACUUGGUUGCUGUGAUUGAGAAGAGGAAGGAACGAGCUAGAUUUAUAGCAAAGGAGUUCUUGCUUGAUUUGCAGAGUGGGACACUUAACCUUGGCCCUGGCCUAACAGCUCCCCCAUUUAGCAAAUCUGGGUAUAGCAGCGAGCCAAACUCUGAAGAUGAGUCAGACCCUAGUGGCAAAAGGAGAAGAUACAAUAGAGGAAUGACAAGAGAAAAUGAUCUGGUUUCUGAUGCCCCAAAGGCUCACAAAGUGACCUCUGAGCCUCGGCGAAUUCAAGUUGACAUUGAACAAGCACAAGCCUUGGUUCGUAAACUUGACCUGGAGAAGAGUAUCCAAGAUAAUAUCCUCUCGAGUAGCAGCCAUGAUAUGCUGGAUGCAGAGAAAUCUCAUGGAGGAUCUAUGGGUCCAAUCAUUAUUAUACGCGGCCUCACGACUGUCAAGGGCCUUGAGGGUGUUGAACUUCUUGAUACGUUGCUCACCUAUUUAUGGCGUGUCCAUGGUCUGGAUUACUAUGGCAUGUCUGAGACAUCUGAACCAAAUGGUCUUCGACAUGUCAGAGCUGAUCUUAAGACUGCUGAUGGAAACGAUGCUGGAGGUUCUGGCUGGGAGACGAAACUGGAUUCAUUGUGGCAAGCACGAUUGCAAGGCCAGGAUCCCUUGGAAAUUCUGACUGCCAAAGAGAAAAUUGAUGCAGUGGCUUCUGAAGCCAUAGAUCCUUUGGUGAGAAAGAUAAGAGAUGAAAAAUAUGGUUGGAAGUAUGGAUGUGGAGCUAAAGGUUGCACUAAGCUUUUCCAUGCUCCUGAAUUUGUUCAUAAGCAUCUCCGUUUGAAACACCCUGACCUUGUUAUUGAUUUAACCUCAAAAGUUAGAGAGGAGCUUUAUUUCCAAAAUUAUAUGAAUGAUCCAAAUGCACCUGGAGGUACACCUAUAAUGCAGCAGUCACAACCGAAGGUGAAAAUGCAAAGGCGUAGGCCUCCGUUAGAUAAUCGCCUGAGCGAUGAACGUAGCAAUCGCCGAGAUUUUGACAGGCAGGAUAGAGAUGCUGACAGGCAUGAUAGGUUGGAUAACUCAUCUCGUGAUGCCAAUGGUGGCUCGGAUGGCAGCCAUCAUGACAAGCCUUCAUAUGAAACUUACGCGGGACAAGGUGUACAUGGAGCUCUUCCUUCGGAUGUUCCUGCACCGCCUAUCUUAGUUCCUGUUCCUGGUGCUGGGCCACUAGGUCCUUUUGUCCCUGCCCCACCAGAGUUGGCAAUGCGCAUGAUGAGGGAGGGUGGUGGACCGUCAUCAUUUGAACCUAAUGGCGGCCCUCGUGGCAGGAAAGAAAGACUUGGUCCAUCUCCAAUUCUUCCUCUGCCCCCAGUGUUCCGACCAGAUCCACGUCGCCUAAGAAGCUACCGAGAUCUUGAUGCUCCGGAGGAUGAAGUGACUGUUGUGGAUUACAGGAGCUUGUAGGAAACUAAAACUUAGGAACAUCCUAUCGGCCACCUCUUAUGGAUGAUGAGAUUGUAGCUAGUCGACUACUUGCUUUCAGAAGAGCGCAUUGCUCGUUGAUAUGCCCCUAGUUUGAACCAUCGAUCAUAUUUUGCAUAUUGCCUCCUUUCUUUUGUUUAACUUCAUCGACGAUAACUGCAAGUGGGAAUUUUGAUAAUGUUCUUCCUUCUGUCACUUGUCUUUCUUCCAAGUGUAAUUGAGAGAAAUGGAAUCCAAACAAUAUUUAAUUGUUAGAUUGAUCAA